AUGGCGGCCGCGCUGGAUUUCAAACUGGUCUCUGUGGAAGAGGCGUCAACUGUGAAAGAGCUGUGUGAGGCACAUGAUGUGCCCUAUUCCACUGGCUGCGGCUACUACAAGCUUGAGCGCAAGGAGAACAUUUCUUCCAGCAAGGGCCUUGUGGCCUACAAGGAAGGGAAGCCGACCAGGUUUGUGUGCGGCAACUCCGAGGUUCGGAAGAUCUUGGGUCUAGCCGCUGGGAACAUCACUCUGGCGCCCAAGGACAUCAAAUCUGGCUGGGCCUUGUAUGUGCAGUCAACCAGCAACAACCGAAAGCUACCCAGCGGCUGCUCUGCAUUGCUGAGUGGCGGAAAGGCAGAGGCCAAAACAGCCGGUGCCAAAAAGCGCCCAGCCAGCGCUGCGUCCUCUGCCGCAACAUCGAGCAAGGCUGCGAGGAAGGGGGGGGCCGCCAAGUUCCCCAUCCUCUGGGACAAGCUGCCGGGCGACGGCGAGGGCGAAAGGUUCGUGAAGACCGGGUCUACGAAGCAGAUGCACUAUGUUGACCAGGAGGUCGACUCCAUCGACAGGUCAAGGCUUGAUGCGGCACUGGAUGCCCUGGCCGCCUCAGUGAAAGCUGCCAAAUGGACAGCGGAGGGGGCCACCCUGACUGCACCGGGAGGCUUUAGGAUGCAGACCUACACGGAGGCACCUGGGAUCUACGUUUUAUCCCCAGACUUGUUGUUGAUUGGAAUGCCCACUUGUUUCUGA